CUCCAAGCAAAACCAAAAACCCCCCUUUUCUCAAUUCUUUCUCACACAAUCACUACUCCGAAGAAUUACCGAAAACUUCCUCCAACAAUUCUCUCUCUAGAAUUACUGCCGAGCUUUCUCUCUGGUGUUCGAUCGGUGAUCUGAACGGCGACGAUGAUGUAUACGAUGGGCCGCGGUGGAGCCAGCAGGCUGGGUGUGGCUGCUCUGGCGCUGCGCAAUUUCUCGUCGGCGACUGGCGGAGGAGCAGGCGCCGUCGCUCGGCGAGCUGCCUCGAACGGGAUCGCGAGCGGUGGGGCGCAGGCUCCGAUUGCGGUCGGGGUUUGGAUUAGAGGCAUGGCGCCGACGACCACCGGCGGCGACCGGACCUUCGCGACGAUGACGCUCGGGGAGCAGGAACAGCGGGAAGAGAAGAAGCAGCCACAGAUGGCGUCCGGCGGCGGGAUGAACGGGGACGGAGACGAGGAGAAGGGGAUUGUUAGUUACUGGGACAUACCGACUCGCAAGAUCCGGAAGGAGGAUGGAACUGAGUGGAAGUGGAAUUCCUUCAUGCCAUGGGAGACGUACAAAGCAGACACAUCGAUAGAUCUGAAGAAGCAUCAUAAGCCAUCUACCAUGAUUGACAAAAUCGCCUACUGGACUGUCAAGUCCCUCCGCUGGCCGACCGAUUUGUUCUUCCAGAGGAGAUAUGGGUGCCGAGCAAUGAUGCUGGAAACGGUGGCGGCGGUGCCAGGGAUGGUGGGAGGGAUGCUGCUCCACUGCAAGUCACUGAGGAGGUUCGAGCACAGCGGCGGAUGGAUCCGAACCUUGCUCGAAGAGGCGGAGAACGAGCGGAUGCAUCUGAUGACGUUCAUGGAGGUGGCGCAGCCGAAAUGGUACGAGAGAGCCCUGGUGAUCGGUGUGCAGGGCGUCUUCUUCAACGCCUACUUCUUGGGAUACGUCAUCUCCCCCAAGUUUGCGCACAGGAUGGUGGGUUACUUGGAAGAGGAGGCCAUUCACUCCUACACGGAGUUUCUGAAGGAGCUGGACAAGGGCAACAUCGAGAACGUCCCUGCUCCGGCCAUCGCCAUUGACUACUGGCGGCUCCCGGCGGACGCGAGGCUGAGAGAUGUGGUGGAGGUGGUGAGAGCUGAUGAGGCGCAUCACAGGGAUGUGAAUCACCUUGCUUCGGAUAUACAUUACCAGGGGCAUGAGCUGAGGGAGACUCCGGCGCCGCUCGGGUAUCAUUGAGCUCCGGUUGGUUGAUGGUGUGGAAUCGGGAUUUAGAGAUGGAUUGGAUAUGAUUUGAGUGGGAUUGAUUGAUGUGGUUUGGAAGUUGUUAAGUGUAAAAAUGUGGUUUGUUAGACUAAACAAAUUAAUCUGUUGUUAAUCCUGCGUGUGAGCUUUACGUUUGACUGUUUAAGGAUGUUUUUGGCAUUGGCAUUUAGUUGAUCUAGUGGAUGCAGAGUGCCUUGGCUCUGGUUGUGCUUUGCUCGCAUUUUGUAAAUGAAAGUUUAUACGAGUAAAAUAAUGAUUUGUGGAGUGUUGAGAAUUUCCAUUCAAUGGGAAAAAAAAUGAAAGAAGGGCAGAAGCCAGAAGGCAGCAUUGAGCAAACCAGCUGCCGCCAGUGGCGGGAAUAUAUUCCGGUUAUGGCCGUUGCUUAAUGGGCCUGGCCUGGUUAGUGACCAUUGGGCCGUGCUGUUCUGUUAAAUUCGAAAAUGAAAAAUAUAUCCGACUUGCCGGAUUCGAACCAGCGACCUAAGGA